CUGAGAGUCAUUCUUGGGAACAUUGCUCUGAAAUGAAAACCACGAGUAUGGAAAACAAUAUUUCUCUCCACUGUUAUGAUCCGACACAUCGCUUCCGAGAUGUACUCCUGGACCAGAGAAGCAGGCUCCGUGACCAGAUCAAGAAGCUCCAUGAGAUCUCACGGCGAAUCAACAAGCUGCACCGGCGCUCCCUGAUUGCCUAUCUCACCGGGAGCUCCUUAAGUGCAGCAGGAGCCAUCACAGCCAUUGUGGGGCUGUCCUUGAGCCCUGCUACUUUAGGGGCAUCGCUUUUGGCUUCUGGUGUGGGGUUGGGAGUAGCAGCUGCAGGAGGGGCUGUUACUGUGACUUCGGACCUCUCUCUGGUGUCCUUUAAUUCCAGGGAGCUGAGAAGGGUCAGGGAGAUUGCGGUGGCCUGUCACAGUCAGAUGAGGGAAAUCCUGAACAGCCUGGAGUUCUUACACCACAGUCAGGGGCCAAUGGACCCCACUUUGUUGCCGGCUGAGAAGACUGCUUCAUUCGCAUUGUAUAAUUCCAUCUGCUUCAUGGUCUUCUGUGGCUCUCAUGGCUUCCUGGUCCCAGAGUAUACAGAAGAGGGAACUAAAGUAGGCCAGGCUGUGCUUAAAGCCAAAGUGCAGAAACUGGCUGAGAAGCUAGAAGCCUGUGCAAGACCAAUGGAUGAGAUCUGUGAACUUCUAGGGAGCAGGAAAGGAUGCCCCUUGAAGACUAGAAGAUCAGCACCCUGGGAUCAGCAUCACUUUUGAGUAGCUCCUAACAAGCCAUCCAGCCCCUGGCUUCCUUGGAGAAGAAAGACUGGGGCUAAAAGAAGUGAAUGCACAAUGCUGCUGUGGUUGUCUGAUCUGACUGCUAGGGCAGUGUACUUUUCUCUGGGCAUCCCUCAAUCUUUGCAGCUGACACUUCUGGGGCUUGGACUGUACUGCUUUGCUGCUGAGGUACACUGUAUAUCUGUAGCUAUAGCUGCUCUAGCACUGGUCCAAGCUCCCAAGGUGUGGUGUCUGCCUAAGGCAGCCACUUGGCAUGUAACAGCUUGUUUUUUGUGAGCGGUAGUGGGGGAAAUACCUCCCAAGCUUCUGAACACUGACCUGGAUGCAAGAGAUGCUUCCAUAACACAGCCUUCCCCAAUCUGGUCUCUUCCAAAUAUGCUGGACUACAACUCCCACGAUGCCCAGUCGGCAUGUGCCCCAGGCUGGGGAAGACUUCAGUAAUACAUGCCCUUUCAUUUAAUGAUUCAAAGUGAUCAGGAUGAGUCAAUGGGACCCUUUCUAAAGCUCAGCUUUUCUUUGAUGCUCACAGUGUUGGACUUUAGUAACACAGUGGUCAUGAUGGAAAUGCAGCCAAGAGGAAGGAAAUGGCUGGAGAUUCCAGAACCUGUAGUUCACAAAGUUUAACAAGGCAGAUAAUCAGGGACGAAAGGCUAAGUGGCCUGAAUGUCCCUGAAUCUUUUCCAGUGAUGUUCUUAGUAGCAGAUGGGAAUCUGCCAAACAGCUGUGGCAAGAGAUUAAUUGGUUUUGCUUAUGUUGUCCCUUGACUUCAUGCAACUUCCCCUCUCUUUGAUAUGUGCUCUUUCCAAACCUGAAGCUUAGGAACAUUGUUUAUUUUUUAUUUAUUUUGUACAGGGUACUUUUAAUUAUUUGCAAAGCUUAUAUUUAAAGAAAUAAUAAUCCUAUCCACUGGAGAGAGAAGAACUUGUUCAAUAGACUCAGAGCACAUUAUAUCUGAGGCAGGACACCAUUGUCAACUUGUUUGUUAUUAUUCUUCUGGUCACCUUUUUCUCUCGAAAUACAUACCAAAGAAGGCAGAACAGGCAGGACAGCUCUACAAGGAGGCAAAGUGUGUGUUUGCCUCAGGUGCUGAGGUGUGGAGGGCAGCAGCAGGAUCCGGAGGGCAAAUAUCUGCUAAGCUAGGUUGCUCCCCUGAGGUGCAGUGCCAUAUGCAGGCUGCCUUUUUAGUGCUGGCACAAAUUCAGCCAUCAAGCGGCUUGGCUGGAGUGGGAGCCAUUUUGUGUUUUAUCUCAGGAAGCAGAACAUCUUGGGCCGGGCUUGGGGGUUGGGUGGACAAACCAAGAACAAGAAUUAAGCUAAUGUCUUAAAAGAGCACCUCAGCCUGGGAGAUUCUUCUCUACAAAGCAGUCACUGCUGCACUGCAAAGGUCUUACUUGGGAGGAGUAAAAAUACUACUUGACAUGCAGCAAGAAGCUGAGGCAUGACAGAUGUAAUUAGGUCAGUACCCAAGACAUUACUGGCCCCUGGAGAGAAGUGUGUGUGUAUUUGCGGGAAUGUGCUGUGGUUUAUGGAUUGCUAAAACAGGGCUAAUGAUAUGUAUUAUCCAAACCAAGUGUUUUUAUGGAUAUGAAGAUAGGGAAGUGAUUCAUGGCAUGAAAACUGUGUCUGCGAAGCACUGUGCUGCAAUGGGAUAAGCUCCCCUUCAAGGGGGAGGGCAAUGUCUUUGCACUGGCUAAAUAAUGAAGUAUUGCAGUGAAAGCCAGACCUCACCUCAGUUCCAGGCAUCUAUGUUUUUAAAAAGAUGCAGAAAAGCUAGAAAGGGUACAGAGGAGGGCAAUAAAGAUGAUUCAGGGACUGAAGGCAAAGCUGUAUCGGGAAUGAUUGGGAGAACUAGGCAUGAUCAGCCUCAAGAGGAGAAGACCGAAGGGUGAUAUGAUAGCACUUUACAAGUACCUAAAAUGCUAUCACAAAGAGGCAGGACAAGAUCUCUUCUCAUCCAUCCCAGAGUGUAGGACAUGGAAAACUGAAUUAAGUUAAAAGAAACCACGUUUAGAAUAGAUACCAGGAAGUAUUUCCUCACUGUCAGAGCAAUAUGACAAUGCAACCUAUUACCUGGGGAAGUUGUGGGCUCUCCCUCAUUAGAGACAUUCACAAAGCAUCUGGACAGUCAUCAGAAUGCAAUGGUGUAACAGUGUUUGUGCUAGCAGGGGGUUGGACCUGAUGGCCUUCUGGUCCCAUCCAACUCUUCUAUUCUAUGAUUCCAAGUAUCAAAGAAUUGUUUCUUGCACCAGGGGAUAUGCAUACUAGGAUUAAAGGAGAGAGGUUGAUGAGUUGAUGGUUGAUGACUGCAUAAAAAGUGGCUUCCAAAGUUUUGCAUGUUUGGAAUUGCUCAAAUAAACCACAAACCUUUGCUUCCUU